UUUAUUUUAUUAUUUAGAUCUUGUCAAAAGAUAGAAGGAAAUCAUAACGGAUCAAACUGCGAUAUAUUUUUAACUUUGUCAUUAAUUUUAAAAUUCUUUUUUGCUAAAUUAUACAUUGUAUAAUUUUCCACAUAAUUUCACAAUGAAGUGUGCUGUCAUAUUUUUAUUUUUUAAUCUGUUCACACAUUAUUGAAGAUUGAAUAAUGAAUCGAGUGAUCGACGUCUCGUGCACGCACAUCUCGUGAAUUUCAGAAUUUGUGAAUGGAAAGUGAGACUGAGUGCUGCGACAAAAAUAUCAAUAAUUGCGUUGAAAUGUGAUUAAACUGUUCAGUAUUAAAAAUUGUGAAAAAUGUUUCGGAAUAUUUUAUGGUGCUACGUUUUCCUACUGACUUUACUGGAUUUAACGCUAAAUACCAAGCUGACAGCACAGGGAGAGAGCCAUGGUGUGUCAAUUCAUGAUUCUCUCGUAGAAGGCAUCACAUUUCAGGAAUGGGGCAAGGAGUCUGGUCUAGAGGAUGCGGAGGACGCAGGCGAGAGCGUGGAAGGCGUGUGGGCGUCGCCGCGUGCUCUGCGCUUCGGGCGCGCGGCGUUGGGCGCGGCGCACGCGCGCGCUGUCACCAUCACCAACCGCGCCAACACUACCCUGCAUCUAGCCUCCGUAGCUGGCACCACACCUGACUUUCAUGCCUCAUUCUUUGAAUCCAAGAAGCUGCCGCCGCAGGGCAACACGACGUUCAACGUGGUCUACCUCGGACGGCACGAGGGCCCGGUGGCCGCGCACCUUUACAUACACACUUCGCUCGGCGUGCACAAAUACCCGGUGUCGGCCGUGGGCGUGGCGAGCCAGUACGGUGUGUGGCCGCUGGUAGGGCUGCGCGUGCCGCUCAACGCGACCGUGGAGCCCGAGCUCACGCUGUAUAAUCCCACCGACACCACUAUACAAGUGAGCGAGGUGUACUCCACGGGCGCAUGGCUCGGCCUGCGCCUGCCGGCGGGCGGCGAGCGCGCGCCCCGCGCCGCCUGGGCCGUGCCGCCGCGCGCCACGCGCACGCUUGUGCGCCUGCGCAUCGCGCCGCACGAAAAGCCCACACAGCAGCCGCUCACCGCCUAUGUGAGGGUAAAGGCCAACAUCCCGGGCGGCGGGCUGCUGGUGGCGGUGGAGGCGCGCGCGGCGCCGCCGGGCGAGUACGCGCGCCCGCCGCACGUGCGCCUCAGCGCACGCGGUGCGCACGACCCUGCCUACACGGUGGAGUUGGAGCUGGCCAACAGUGGCAGCUCCGAUGUGUCGCUAGAAGGCGCCGUGAGCGGCGCGGGCUGUUGGCGCGGCGCGCCGCUCGAGCCCUGCGCAGCGCCUGCUGCCGCACGCGCCAACGGCGGCGCGGCAGUGGGCGCGCAUUUGUCGCUGCUGCGCUCGCAGCUGGCGCCGCAUCAAGACUUCGUCAAAGUCGCACACUUGACGCUCAAUUUUGCAGAGUUAUGGGCGCAGGCGCCUCCGUCUAGUCAAGUGAAUGGCGCGGGCGACAGUAACAGUAGCGAUAGCAGAGAGGAGGGGGAGGCGUGGUGCGCCGGCUGCGUGCGCCUCGGCCGUGCUCACGUGCCCUACAGCGUACGCUUGCUCCCCGGCGCGCUGCGGUUUACCCCGCCACACUUGGACAUAGUGACGAUGGGCGCGGACGCGACGCAAGAACGCGAGUUGCGUGCACACAACGAGUUCGGACGGCCGCUCACGCUGCGAGCCGUCGAUUUGCCCGACGACGUCGCGCAAUACUUCCAUAUGGUGUCGCACACUCCACUCACACUCAACGCGGGUACGUCAGCGUCCAUCGCACACUUGCGCCUGCGCGAGCCGGCGCUGCCCGCAGACUUGUCGAUAGACGCGGAGAUCACUGUACAUACUGACUUGUCCCAGUACAAAGUGCCGCUGAGGUUGUACAGCGGGAAGAUAUUGUUUGACUGGGAGUGGGCAAAUGCAACGGAGACGUUUUUAGAGUUAGGCGCGGUGGGUACGUCAGCGACGCGACGGGUCGGCGUGCGGCUGCGCAACCCGGCGCCGAUACCUCUCUGCAUCGCCGCGUUGAGCGCCAAGCUGCCCGGCGCCGCUGCGUCAUUCGCUCGCGCGCAACCUGCCGCGGAGUGUAUCCCCGGCGGCUCGUGGGCGCAGGCGUGGCUGACGGUAGUAGCGCCAGCGCGUGAAGGCCCACUGCGGGGUGAGCUGCAGCUCAACACCACGGCGCCGCACGCCGCUACCACCACCGUGGAGUUAGCGCUGCGCGUGCGCGCCGGCCACGUGCGCUUACUGCCGCUGAGAAUGCCGCCCGCUGCCCCGUACGCAGGCUCGUGGGCGGAGCUACAGGCGGACAGUUCCAUGUCUGCACGCAUGCGCGUCACUCGGCUUUCAUUGCCGCCCAGACGAGAAGAUCCUGCGCUCACCUUCCAAUGGGAGGGCGCGGGAUACGGCGAGGUGCGGUCGGGACGAACGCGCGUUGCACGCGCACGACACUCGCCCGAAAAACGCUGUGAGCCUACGUGCUACUGCGGACUGCCACUCACUACUGAAGAGGGCAUGUCGUGGCUGCGGCGCAGUGAGGCUCUGGACUCCGCCGCGCUGCGGGAAGACCUGGAGCUGCUGCAGUCUCGACUCGCGCUGUUCGACCAGCAGCGCGCGCAAGUCGACUCUAACUUCACGCUGCAUAUGCACACAACUGAGGUGGUACAAGUAGUGUCGUCAGGGUCGCUGUCGCUGACGUGGCCGCGCCUCGCCGCGGCGGGGGCGGGGCGCGCGCCGCUGGCCGCCGUGCGCCGCGCCGUCACGCUGCGCCUGGCGGUGCGCAGCACGGCACACACGCCACUGCUGCUGCAGGCACUGCUUGCUGCAGAGCCUGCCUCGCGGAAUCUGCCCGAUCUACCAGCGAGGGCGGGCGGAGACUCGUCGUACUGCGUGUCGGGCAAGUGCGUGUGGUCGGGCGACGCGUUCCGGCUGGCGGGCUGGCGCGUGACGCGCGGCGCGGCGGCGGCGUGGAACAGCACGGCGGCGCCGCGCAACGACAGCUCCGUGGCGCUGCCGCCGCUGCUGCUGGCGCCGCACAGCGAGCUGGAGCUCAGCGUGCUCUUCACUCCGCACGACGCUGGUGCCUUCACCACCUAUCUGUAUUUAAGGAACAAUUUGACCAUCCUGGAAGGUGUUCAGUUGUUCGGCGAGGGAGAGUAUCCGAGCUUCGACAUAGCGGGGCGGCGGCCGGGCUCCGCGGCGCCGUUUCUAUUCGAGGUGAAGGAGUGCCUGUGGGGCGGGGCUGGCGGGCCGGCCGCGGAGAGCGCGGAGGGCGCGGUGGUGCGGCGCGUGGUGGCGCGGAACUUGGGCCGCGUGUCGGUGUCGCUGUCGCGCUGGCGUGUGGCGGGCGCGGCGUGCGCGGCGCGCGGCUUCGCGGCGCGGCCCUGCUCGCCGCUGCAGCUGCCGCCCAACGCCUCCGCGCCUGUGCACCUAGCGUUCGCGCCCGACUACACGCUCGCUCGUGUUGCCGCGCCGCUGCAUCUACACACUGACAGAGGCCCCGCAGAGUUCCUACUAGUAGCCACAAUUCCCGCCAAAGUGUUGUCCAAAUGUGCCGCAACCGCACCUCGUCCGCCGUGGGACGGCGCGAUGCGUUCCGCCGGCGUCGCGCUCGCCUUCCUCGCCCUCGCGUUCAUACUCGCCGCCGCUGCGCUCGACGCUGAGCGGCUAUUGCGACGCGCGAGAGCUGCCCGAGCGGCCGCCGCACCCCGGGCGCCGCUGGAUCUGCGAGCGUUAGUCGUGCCCGAGCCACCCGUGGUACCACCAGUACGCGCGCCAACGCGUCGCAAACGCGCAUCAAGGCGUCCAUUGCCCGCGUUGGACCCGCGCGCGGAACGUCGCGCCUUCGAACGCUGGCGAGCCGAGGUGCUACGCCGCGACGACGACUCCUCCCGCUCCAGUGAAGACGACGACACUAUCUCUCCCCCACUGCCCACAGACGAUUCGCCGUCUAUACCCGUCGCUGACGAGGAUGGCUCAACCGGUUCCGACGAGUCGAUACCCGUCGAUGAAAGAGAUGACGAGCCUUACAGCGGCGACGUAGAGCCAGACCCACAAGACGACCCCCCGCAUGAUGAGACGCCGCUAGUGGAGCCCGCAGUGCAGCCCGCGUGCGCGCCCGCCACCCCGCCGCCCGACGGCAGCGCGCGGCCGCUGCGCCCGCGCCGCGACGUCGGCGACGCGCCGCGCCGCUCCGAGCGCGUGCGGAACGACUCGGAGCGACGCAGCGUGCCGGGGAGACACCACGUGCGGAAGGAGCGAGCCACAAAGCGUCGCGCUGAACGCGUACCUCCCACACCGCCGCCUCGCUCUCCCGCGCCCCUUACCACACCAAUCACCAACGAGACACAAGAAUCCCGCGGCGCUGUGCGUUGGGGCACCCCCUGGAGCUCCGUGGUGGCUGCGCGAGGAGCCCCCGGCCCCCCCUUGGCCCCUAUCGGGUCAGAUGUGCGUCGUCGCGAGCCGGAGCGUGCGCCAGACAACUCGUUGUUCUACUUCAACGGCACGGCGGCAGACACCGCGCGCGCGGAGGACUUCACGUGGCGCCCCGCCGUGCCCACCGAGCGACAGGCCUUCGUCACUCCCGCACGGGACUACCUCGAGGAGGCGCGUGCGCUGGGCGCCACUACAGUGCCGUACGGCACCGCGCCGUCAGUGUGGGGCGCAUGGGGCGCGUGGCCGACAGCGCCGGUGCCACCCCCGCCCGGCUUCACAGCCCCCGCGGCCGCCCCGCCGCUGGAGCCACGCACCUACGACCCCUUCCGCUCGCUCGCCUCCAUCUGGGCCCCCGCGCCCAACGACUGGCGCGCCGCCCCCGCGCCCUCCGCGCCCAACAACAACGACCAUCGAGACUAGACCACUCCGCUGACUCCAAUAUCACAUACUACCAAGGAUGCGUAUCAAACAUCAAUUAGAUCGUUUCAUUUUCAUUGCUUAGCUCAGUAAGGCUGAGAGCUGUAGAGCAUUCUUUGACUUUUCCCAGACUCCAAGAUACAGACAGAUAAAACUGUUAAGUCAGCAAAGUCAAACUACGCUCUGUAGAUCUCAGCUUAAGACAUAUUGUUUAUUUAAUGGUUUAUCAACUUAAUUGUAAAGAUUUUGCAAAAAAAAUUGCAGAAAUAAAAUCAGGCAAGCGAAAAGUAAAAUUGCAGGGAAUUUAUUAAUUUCAUUAAACUUGACACUUGACUAAACUAGCAUUUGGUUGGCGUGGGGCCAUAGUGAUAUUUAUGUAUUUGUGAAUUUAAAGUAAUUUGAACCUGUGACAGACACACAUGGAAAAAUGUAAAUUCACCCAAGUAAACAAACCUUGCCUCCCUUCGCAAAAACCGCAUUAAAAUCAGAACAUCUGUUUGAGCACUACAUUGCCACAAACAGACAGACAUAACAGUCUAACUUCAAUAUAACAUCUCUCGUUUUAUUUCGGGAGUGAAAUAAAGGCUGAAUAAGCGAAGUUACGAAAAUGAAUUCCAUUUAUAAACACCCAUAUACAGUAUUAUCUAACACAUUUUAUAUUGCUGGAUCUUGCAAAACUAUAAAUUAAUCUCGA